ACCCACCCACGCCUCAUGACCGAGUCCCCGCGGGGUUUCACUCAUCCUCUGGCUUAAGGAGCCUCAGCCCGCACCUUCUUCUCUUCCUGACAGACACCUUAGCAAGUCGCCAGCGCCUCCUUGUAAUAACCCAGACAAGAAGCGGCUCUGAAAUGCGGACCAGAAGACCCUCAGCGUUCCUGUCCCUCAUCGGUGUUGUGCUGAUUUGGCCAUAUGUACUCACCAUGAGUAUUUCACCCAGACUCCUGACCACAGGCAGUUCCUCUCUAACAGCAGGUCAGGAAGAAGAGCGCCCUCAUAUGACCAAACGCUCAACUACAAGCUGUGAAAAAGAGUAUGACACCUACUGCUUUAACAAUGGCCAGUGCAUUCUGCUGGAGGACAUGAAAGAACACCACUGCAAGUGUAAGAAGGGCUUUUAUGGCCCUAGGUGUGCCACCCCGGAGCUCGUUGGUCGGCCAGUGGAUGAAGAGCAAGUGGUGGUCAUCUUGUUUAGUGUGACCCUGCUGAUGAUUGGUCUGGGUGGGGCUUUAUACUUCUUCUACAAGUGGUACAAGAGGAACAAAUUCCCAAGCCAGCCGAAGCGGCAGGGUUACAAAGGAGUCCAGACGGUUUAAAGUGUCGUGCAAACACACCCCCAUGGCGACUGAUGCUGGAUUUUUUUCCCUGUUUUCUGAAUAAAAGUUGACCAUACAAAGAUGUUUCCAGACAAGCCCACACUUUAAAGUGCUGCUGUAUGUUUAUCAAGCAGACAGAUCAUCCCGUAGAGAUUAAAAUAUUCAAAAGAGGGCAGCUCUUUGUGUGGUGGCUACUGUUUUCCAGCUGUACUGGUUCUUAAGUUUCGGCACCUGUUACACUCAGUUUGAAAAGAUGAAUAGUGAGACAAACAAAAACGGUUUCCAGUGGGAGAAACCACCCACAUGAGGGCAGAGAUCUCACACAAGACGAUCAAAUAAAAUGUAAUAAGCAGGUGAGAAAUGACAGGAACUCAAAUUAAUCUGUUUCGUCUACAAGAAGAGUAAAAAUACAGUCAUGUUCUUCCACUGUAGAUAUUUUAUAUUUAUUUGUAGCUUGCUUUAAAUUGUAUAUUUAUGACAGACUUUUGUUACGGGGACUUGUAGUGUAGUUACAUUUUUCUAAAUUAUUUUAAAGUGUUAAUAUAUAGACAGACAUAUCAAUUUUUACAGCUCUGUUAUUUGUGAAUAUAAAUGCAACUUGACUUUUUACCUGAUCUUAUGUGUGUGUCCAUGUUUUCACUUCCACAAUAAGGCUCAUGUUCUCUCCUUUCUCACAAGUUUCCAUGCAGUUUUCACAUCUCUGUGUGAUGACCUUUCAUUAGCAUGAAAUAUCAACUGUUUUGUGGCAUAAAUCCUAAAAAUAUAAAUUAAAUCAUUUGUAUAAUUUUGUACUUUAAAU